AUGGCACGAACCAAGCAAACCACAAGAAAAUCCACCGGUGGAAAGGCCCCAAGGAAGCAACUCGCCACCAAGGCAGCCCUGAAGAGCACUGAGCUUCUCAUCAGGAAGCUUCCAUUCCAAAGGCUUGUCAGAGAAAUUGCUCAGGAUUUCAAGACUGAUCUUCGUUUCCAGAGCUUUGUUGUUGCCGCUCUUCAGGAGGCUGCUGAGGCGUACUUGGUUGGUCUGUUUGAGGAUACUAACCUUAGUGCGAUUCACGCUAAGAGGGUUACUAUUAUGCUUAAGGGUAUUCAGCUUGCCCGAAGGACUGGUGAGAGGGAUUAA